AUGGCCGACCACGAGCACCAAGAUCCCCGAUCUCCCCAAGAUCAUCAAGAGCACCAGGAGCAUCAAUAUCCCCAAUCUCCCCAAUCUGCAUAUAGUCAAGAUCCCCAAGACCUCCUAUCUCCCCAGACCCCCCGCGAACCACAAGAGCACCAAGAACGCCAGGCGCAAGAUGAACCACCCCCGCGAGCAACGUCCCAGUCCCCGUACCCCGAAGUCGCCCCGCAGGGUGAUCGGUACCCAGAGCACAACGAGUACGGAUACGGAGAGCACUCCCCCUCGGGAGCAGCCUACCCGGCCGCCUACGGCGGCGGCGCGGCCACCUUCUACGACAGCACCGUCUCGCCCAGCGUAGCGCAGCCACCACCGCCGCCAGAGACCGUCCUGUUUCCCUCCUCCCAGUCCUCCUCCUCCCAGGGCGGGGACAGCAACAGCAACAACAUCAAGGAGGAGAUCGCCGGCGGCAGCGGCAGGAAGCCGCCGAGGGGGUCGACGAUCUGGGGCUGCAGCGUCGCCGUCUUCGUCCUGGCGACCGUCGUCGCGCUGCUCCUGGCCGCCGUCGUGGGCCUGGCCGCGGGGACGGGCAUCGAGGCCCGCAGGGCCAGCGACGCGGCCGACCAGCUCGCCGAGCUGAGCGCCUCCGCCUCCGCCGCCGCGGCCAAGACCGUCACCGUCACCGCCCCGGCGCCGACCGCGACGCCCUGGGCCGCCCUCGACCACAAGUGCUCCUCCGACCCGGACAACGUGAGCGGCCAGACCUACACCUCCUUCACGCUCCUGGGAGCCCAGACCUUCACCAUCCAGUGCAACAAGGACACGACGGGCACGGACCUGCUCUCGCUCUUCGUCGCCGACUUUGACGCCUGCAUGGACGCCUGCUCCGCCUUCACCAUGUACGAGACGGCCAACUUUGGCUCCGCCAACGCCAAUGCCACCUGCGGCGCCGUCAGCUUCAUCCCGCUCUGGACCAUCAAGUCCGACGCCCAGAAGGGCAAGGCCCCCGGCAACUGCUACCUGAAGCCCGCGCCCCAGUCCCUCAAGACCUUGAAGACUCCCAACAUCGGGACCGAGUGCCACGCCGCCUUUGUGAGCCGGGAUAAGUAA